AUGUUCUACAACAAUUUCAACAAUGGAGGAGGUCAAUGUGCUGAUGGUUCCAUUGAAGAGUUCAUGAAUAAUCCGGGAAAACAGCACAUAUCUGAGGAAAAUUCUCAUAAGAUUAAGGGAGCAUGGUGUCAACAGAUCACAGGAGGGAAGGAUAGUACAUAUUAUGAUAUGCACUGCCAUUUCCUAUAUUUCUGGAUAGGAGAUCUGUUAUCAAGCAGUGUGAAUAAUGAUGUAGCAUUUCAGAUCCUUAUGGAGUUGAUUUGCCAAAUGUUGCGGAAUGUGUAUGUUAAGAAUGGGUGUAACAUUAAAUGCAGCGCUAUAGACAAAAACGAAUUGAAGAAUAGGAAGAUGGUAUAUGAUUAUUCCUGCGAUUAUAAUAUCAUACGGGGGCAACUAUUUAUUAGUGAACCCCGUUGUGAUCAGAACUAUUCCGAAUAUCUGAAAGGAAUUUUUUCAGCUUACGAUACCAUAGAAAAAGCAUGUAAGAGUCCCCCGGAUGCUGAGUACUGUACAGAAUUUGAAAAAAUGUUUGAGGGGAAGAGUCAUGCGGAACUGCUGGAGAUGAAAUGUAAAACAGUAAGCACAUCACAACCUUCCCUAGUAGCAAAUGAUAAGAGUCUCGAUUCAGGGAAAGAACGUCGGGAGGUUGAACAAUUACAGGCAGAAACUGAACCUUCGAAAGAAACAGGCAGCAGCACCCCUACCGCUCGUAUUGCGUCCACCGCAUCUGCAUUAGUAGCUAUUCCAGUAAUCACAUUAUUAUUAUAUAAGUAUAAUCUCCUACCUUCUUGGUUCCAUAACCAAUUUAAAGGAAGAAAAAAGAGAUCAAUGGAAGGUAUCUUUAACGACUUAACGGAAGGUGAAUAUUCUACUGAAUACUCUACA